AGGCGCUCUCUCUCUCAAAACUAAUCAAUAAAUCGCCGAGUUAAUCAUUUGUAUCUGCAUCAUCUGAAUACUGUGUAGUAGUAGUUGCAUAAUAGCAGUGGUGCAGUGGUCUUGUAGCAAUGCAAUUUCAAUUUUCUGAUUUCUGGUAAUCCGUAGGUUUAGUGUUAUUCCAUCCAGUCUGAAAUUGAAAAGCCAAAGAAGGUGGAGCGGAAGGAGGGCUUGCAAAUCAAAUUUCUGCCCUCUAAACUACCCCGCUCGCUCAUCAAUCCAAAUUCCGAGGAUUUCCAUUUGUUGGCUCGAUAACCUUUUGUUGUGUCAAAAUUUUGUGACCAAAGUUUCAAGCAAAGUCAGUUGCAACGGGCUCAGAUUUUUUAGUCUCAUCAUGGCAACAAAUGAGAAUCUUCCGCCAAAUGUGAUUAAACAACUUGCUAAGGAAUUAAAGAAUCUUGAUGAAAUACCUCCUGAGGGCAUUAAAGUUGGUGUAGAUGAUGACAAUUUUUCGACUAUAUAUGCUGACAUUGAGGGCCCAGCUGGGACUCCAUAUGAGAAUGGCAUUUUUCGUAUGAAGUUGAUAUUGUCUCAUGAUUUCCCACAUUCACCCCCAAAAGGGUACUUUCUUACAAAGAUUUUUCAUCCAAAUAUUGCAACAAGUGGUGAGAUCUGUGUGAAUGCAUUGAAAAAGGAUUGGAAUCCUAGCCUUGGUUUGCGGCAUGUUUUAAUGGUUAUUAGAUGUUUGUUGAUUGAACCAUUUCCGGAAUCAGCCUUGAAUGAGCAGGCUGGCAAAUUGUUACUUGAAAAUUAUGAGGAGUAUGCCCGGCAUGCAAGGAUCUACACGGGAAUACAUGCACUCAAAUCAAAGCCAAAGUUCAAAGCAGGAGGAAUUUCUGAGUCUACAACUGCCUUAAAAGUUGACCAUCUGAAUAACUCAGCUUAUAGUGUUGAUCCCAAGAAUGCGGUCUCAGGUGCUGGUCUUCCGCUUCCAGUUCCGGUGGUAGUCCCUUCUGCAAAUGCAACCAAAGGAGGAAAUAAUCAUGAUCAACUGGUUGACCUUCCUUCAGCCAUGGAUGCAGGAGUAGGUGCAUCAGCAACACCUUGUCUGCAAAAGAAGGAAGUUUUAUUCGCCAAAGUUCCUUCUGACAAGAAGAAAAUGGAUGCAAGAAAGAAAAGCUUGAAGAGAUUGUGAGGUUUUGUGUGUUUAGUGGCCCCAAUUUUCACUUAUUUGGUAAAUGAUAAAAAGAAACAAUGCAUAAAUGGCACGGUUAUGUACCAAUUGAGAGCUCCCCUCCCUCCUCUUUCAUUCCAUUUGUAGAUCUUCCAAUGUUUUUUAAAGCAUUCUGCAACGGUUGUCGCUCUCGGAAGAAUUCCUUAUAUAACUUUUUCUUAAAAUGUUUUCUUUAGUUUGGUAUUUAU